UACUUGACAACCUGUCAAGUCGUUGGAAACCGUGGUCUAGUCAUCUCUGCCGCGUGCAUGUAUGGCCAAAUAGCAUGGCCGGCCUUGAAAGUCAUAAAAGCAAGCACCGACUCACCCUGAGAUCGACAGGUCGACAUCAUGCGUCCUUCCACAGCUUUACUGACGCUCUGCUGUCUCGUCUCUUUCAUUGUGGCAUCACCUCUAGAUGCCUACCAAAGAAACACCAUCAGUAUCCCGCUGAGUAGAAUAUCCGGAGAUACAACCAUAACAGAUGUGAAGGCACAUCUCACGGCCGUUUCUCACAAGUACAACGUCACCUCGCGCAAUUAUGUGCUGAACACAGGCUCGCCUCACUCUCUGCGCAAUCGUGGUCCUCCUUAUAAACUCGGCGAACGUAGCACAGGGUCUCUAACCGGUGACAGAAACUCUGUCCCCCUAAAAAAUCAAAGUGCCACUUUAUGGUAUGGCUCCAUCGCGGUUGGGGAGCCUCCGGAACCAUUCACAGUCCAAAUCGACACUGGCUCCGCAGACCUGCUCCUCUGUUCCGUACGAUGCUGCAUCUCCUGCGCCGGGCAUCGGCGGUACAAUGCCACAUCAUCAUCAACGUCUCUUGACCUCAGUACGCCGUUCGUUGUGAAAUAUGGAAAUAGAACGGAGAUGGGCGGAGAUGAAUACACAGACGUAGUGGAGUUAGCUGGAUACAAGGCGAUUAAUCAAACACUUGGUGCCGCUGACACAUACUAUCCUGACUUUGCCGCUUCUAAUGCCCCUGAUGGGCUCGCUGGAUUUGCCUUCCAAGAGAUUUCUUCAUACGGUGCCACGCCCCUUUUCCAGACCCUCGUGGACAACCAUGUCUUGCGCAAGAAUGUGUUCGGAAUCUCUUUGUCCACUCAAAAGGACAAAAGUGAGCUUCGUAUCGGAGGAUCAAACCCGUCAAUGUACGAACCAGACACUCUUACGAUUGUCCCGGUCACAAUCAAAGGUUACUGGCAGAUCCAACUCGACAGGCUCUCCCGGAAUGGAGAGAAUAUGAUUGUCCCUACUGACAAAGCACAGGCUAUCGUGGACACAGGGACGGCCUUCAUCGUCACAGAUCCAGAAAAUGCUGUGAAGUACUACAAAAAUGUCAAGGGCGCAAGGGCUGUCGAUGAAAUCUGGACAGUACCUUGUGAUAUGAUCGGAUUAUAUGCGCCAACUUUGACAUUCGGCGGACGGUUGUUCCCUGUCUCGUCAAGUACUUUCAACCUGGGGCCCGUUCACGAAGGCUCUACGGAUUGCAUCGCCGGCCUGACUGGCAUGCCCGGGAUUCGAGAACACUGGAUUAUUGGCGAUGUAUUUUUGCAAAACGUGUACACGAUCUUCGAUGUCGGUAACACUGAAGUCGGUUUCGCAAAGCUGAAAUUGUGAAGGGAUACCCGGGUUGCAGCCAGAAGGCUCAAGCCUCGUGGAUGGGAGAAUAAGAUUUAUCAAUGUUUCUUUUGUUCCAAGGUUGCAUACGGACAACAGAGAUCUUAUUGCUGUCAUCUUGCUUGCAUGUGAAGG